GACCCCAUGGCAAGUCGCAAGCCAGAAGGGUCCAGCUUCUGCAUGACCCACCUGUCAAUGGCUUUGGCUUAUUCCUUUACCCCAGACACCAGUGCACAAUCCUGCCCUCAGCUGGGCAACGCCCAGCAACACACAGAGUUAGGAAAGGAACUUGCCACCACCACUACCACCAUGCCCUACCCAUACCCAGCGCUGACCCCGGAGCAGAAGAAGGAGCUAUCCGACAUUGCUCAUCGUAUUGUGGCUCCGGGCAAGGGCAUCCUGGCUGCAGAUGAGUCCACCGGAAGUAUUGCCAAGCGGCUGCAGUCCAUUGGAACCGAGAACACCGAAGAGAACCGGCGCUUCUACCGCCAGCUGCUGCUGACUGCCGAUGACCGUGUGAACCCCUGCAUUGGGGGCGUCAUCCUCUUCCAUGAGACCCUCUACCAGAAGGCGGAUGAUGGGCGUCCUUUCCCCCAAGUUAUCAAAUCCAAGGGUGGCGUUGUGGGCAUCAAGGUAGACAAGGGCGUAGUACCCCUGGCAGGAACAAAUGGCGAGACCACCACCCAAGGACUGGAUGGGCUGUCUGAGCGCUGUGCCCAGUACAAGAAGGAUGGAGCGGACUUUGCCAAAUGGCGCUGUGUGUUGAAGAUUGGGGAACAUACUCCUUCAGCCCUCGCCAUCAUGGAAAAUGCCAACGUGCUGGCCCGUUACGCCAGCAUCUGCCAGCAGAAUGGCAUCGUGCCCAUUGUGGAGCCUGAGAUCCUCCCCGAUGGGGACCACGACCUGAAGCGCUGUCAGUAUGUAACUGAGAAGGUAUUGGCUGCUGUCUACAAGGCACUGAGUGACCACCAUGUGUACUUGGAAGGCACCUUGCUGAAGCCCAAUAUGGUAACACCAGGCCAUGCCUGCACACAGAAGUUU